CUCAUGUCCUCCAAAACCUUAUUAAUAUACUAACGCGGACCUAACCGGCAGCCGCCUCCUAGAGAACUAUAACCAUUGCCAAGAACCCGGGAUAAUAAGGUUUAGUUCCCGCGGCACUCAAGCCACCUCUCCCCCCUUGCGUUAUCAGGUUGACGCCAUCAAACUUAAAGCUAAACGACAAAAAAGACAAGAUGUCAACGACAGCAACAGACCCUCCACCCCCUCACCCGCGCCUCUGGGCCGGCGGGAUAGACCAAUACCUCACUGACAACAACAUCACCUGCGAAUCCGCGACGCCCAUUGAGGCUGGCACUUCCUGCUAUAUCUGGCGCCUGGACAGCUUCUCGCACCCCGAUUACCCGCCAUCCGAGCCGGCCGUGCUGAAAUGCGCCGACAGCACCCCAAAGUUCGGCGACGCUGCCGUUUCGCCCGCCCGAUUGUCCACCGAGGUCCGCGCGCUGACGUGCAGCGCCAUGGCGGAGGCGUCGCGAGCGGAGCCGAGCGUGCGCGUGCCGCGAGUGUUGACGACAACGGAGAACGGAUUCGUCAUGUCCUGGGCGGGAGAUUUGAACCUGCUGGACGCUUUCCGGAGUGGCGAUCCCAAGCUUGACAUGGCGGACAUUGGCAAACGCAUCGGCAAGUGGCUGGGCUGUCUACAGGUGGCGAGCGCCGCCUCGGGAGCCCCUGGCUUUGAGCCGAUGAAUCCGGAGUUGGGGCGCUUCUACAACCCAGGCGGGUUCAUGGAUCAGCUGGUCCAGUCCGUCGUGACUGAUGGCGAGGAGAGCGACAAGAUCCUGGCCGCGAUGCGUAGUAAGGAGACGGUGCGCACACUGACGGCGUGGGAUUUCCGGCCCAUGAACAACCUCCUCCGGUGCUCGGGUGCUUCCAACAACGGCAGCAACAAUAGCACGCCCGACAUAUACAUCGUGGACUGGGAACUUGCGCAGUUCGGCGAAGCGGCGGGGGAUGUAGGCAUGUGGUGCGUCGAAGCGAUGGUGUUGGAGGCCAAGCACGGCGACCGGGGCUUGCUGAGUUCGUUCCUGAAAGCGUAUAAAGCGCACGCGGGGGAGAUCGUGCGUAAUGAUGUGUUUGUGUGCAAGGUCGCCAUGAUUAUUGGCCUCAUGUUGGUCUACUUCAUGCGCAUUGCGCCGCGGCUCUGGGGCAGUACGGAGCAGGAGGUCACCAGUUGGCGGGGGGCUGCUGUGGACUUCCUGAGGGCCGGCGCCGCGGGUGAUUUGGCGUGGUUAAAAAGGAGUUUGGUUGGGAUUCUCUUGGAGUAACUUUGUGGUUCGCGUGGUCCUGUCCUUGCUAGACUUUGUACAAAGCGCUUGUUGGGCUGUGACUACACAAUGCCGCCCUCUAGAUAGACAAAUUGAACAAUACAAAUGGA